GGCCCCGCCUGGUUCCUGGGAGGCUGGCUGCGGCGACCGUGGCAAUUUGGGGUGCGCGUGGUGCAGCCGCGUUGUGCGGGACUGUAAGGAAUGCCAAGUGAAGGAAGCCCCCACUCCUGUUCGACUCAAGAGCAGGAGCGUUUGCAGAGUCUGCCUGUCAGAGCUGAUGAAGAAACACCCAUGGAGCAGGAACAUGAUGGUGCUGCAAAGGUGGGGGAGCACCUGCCUUCUCCUUCUCUCCCCUCCGACUGUGAGCCAUCCACCUCUGCUGAGGGCUGCAUACCAGCAGCUGUGAGGAGAGGCCCGGCCCUACUGCAGAUCGACAGACAUCAGAUCCCGGCCGUGGAGCCCAGUGCACAGGCCUUGGAGCUGCAGGGCCUGGGUGUGGACGUCUAUGACCAGACUGUGUUGGAGCAGGGUGUGCUUCAGCAGGUGGACAGCGCCCUGCAGGAGGCCAGCCAUGCAGCCCAGCUUGCAGAUGCUGAGAAGGAGUAUCAGUCAGUCCUGGAUGACCUGAAGUCAUGUACAACAUCUCUGAGGCAAAUUGAUAAAAUUAUUGAACAACUCAGCCCUCAAGCUGCCACCAACAGAGACAUCAACAGGAAACUAGAUUCUGUAAAACGACAGAAAUAUAAUAAGGAACAGCAGCUGAAGAAGAUCUCAGCAAAGCAGAAACGCCUCCAGGCCAUCCUCGGUGGAGCGGCACUGCGAGUAGAGCUGGACUACGGCAGCCUGGAGGAGGAGGAGGCUGCAGAGCCAGGCCCAUCCUGCCUUGGUAGCAUGCUCAUGCCUGCCCAGGAGACCGCCUGGGAGGAGCUCAUCCGCACUGGCCAGAUGACACCAUUUGGUACCCAAGUCCCUCAGAAAACAGAGAAAAAGCCUAGAAAACUAAUGCUUAAUGAGGCAUCAGGCUUCGAGAGGUAUUUGGCAGAUCAAGAAAAACUGUCUUUUGAAAGAAGGAAGCAAGCUGCCCAUAAAAGAGCAUCCAGAAAAGCCUCAGCCUCCGUCAAGUCUGAGCCAAGUGCAGGAUCAAAAGAAAACAAACCAAAGCAGAGAAGCAAAGGUCUCUCGAAUACAGACCGGCGCUUGAAGAAGCACAUCAAGAAGCUCCAGAAGAGGGCGCUGCAGUUCCAGGGGAAAGUGGGGCUGCCCAGGGGGAAGAAGGCCCUGGAGAUGGAGGUGAGGCCGCAGCAGGCCCAGGGAGACUCUGAGAGUGAGGAGCCCGGGUCCUGCCCCGUGGAGUGGGAGGAAGAGGGAGACAGGGAGGAGGUAGGGGCUAGCCUGUCCGGAGAUGGCGCAGACUGUGAGCAGAGGCCUGUGCUCAGGGGCCACAAACACCAGAAGAAAGGCGCAGUGCAGGAGAGUGAUGAUGACUUUUUCCCGAGUUCUGGGGAAGAAACUGAAGCCACUGAAGACCAAGGAAGAACAAGUCACAAAGUAGUGAGGUGCCGUGAUGAUGGCGAUGAAGAGUAUUAUAAGCAGCGGCUAAGGAGGUGGAAUAAACUUAGAUUGCGGGACAAAGAGAAACGUCUGAAGCUUGAAGAUGACUCAGAAGAAAGUGAUGCAGAAUUUGAUGAAGGAUUUAAAGUACCAGGUUUUCUGUUCAGAAAGCUCUUUAAGUACCAGCAGACAGGUGUUAGGUGGCUGUGGGAAUUGCACUGCCAGCAGGCAGGAGGAAUUCUGGGAGAUGAGAUGGGAUUGGGCAAGACCAUCCAGAUAAUUGCCUUCUUGGCAGGUCUGAGCUACAGCAAGAUCAGGACUCGCGGUUCAAAUUACAGGUUUCAGGGGCUGGGCCCCACUAUGAUUGUCUGCCCAACAACAGUGAUGCAUCAGUGGGUGAAGGAGUUCCACACGUGGUGGCCUCCCUUCAGAGUGGCGAUUCUACAUGAGACUGGCUCCUAUUCCCACAGAAAGGAGAAACUAAUUCGAGACAUUGCUUAUUGUCAUGGAAUUUUGAUCACUUCUUACUCCUACGUUCGGCUGAUGCAGGAUGACAUUAGCAGGCAAGACUGGCACUAUGUGAUCUUGGAUGAAGGACACAAAAUUCGAAACCCCAAUGCUGCCAUCACCCUGGCUUGUAAGCAGUUCCGCACACCUCAUCGGAUCAUCUUGUCGGGCUCACCAAUGCAGAACAACCUUCGAGAGCUGUGGUCGCUCUUUGACUUUGUCUUCCCAGGAAAAUUGGGCACCUUGCCUGUGUUUAUGGAACAGUUCUCUGUCCCCAUCACCAUGGGAGGAUACGCCAAUGCUUCCCCUGUGCAGGUUAAAACUGCUUACAAGUGUGCGUGUGUCUUACGUGACACCAUAAACCCAUACCUGCUGCGGAGGAUGAAGUCGGACGUCAAGAUGAGCCUUUCGUUGCCAGAUAAAAACGAGCAGGUCUUAUUUUGCCGACUUACAGAUGAGCAGCACAAAGUCUACCAGAAUUUCGUUGAUUCCAAAGAAGUUUACAAAAUUCUCAAUGGAGAGAUGCAGAUUUUUUCUGGACUUGUGGCCCUAAGAAAAAUCUGCAACCACCCUGAUCUCUUUUCUGGAGGCCCCAAGAGUCUCGGAGGGCUUCCAGAUAAUGAACUCGAAGAUCAGUUUGGCUACUGGAAGCGUUCUGGGAAGAUGAUUGUUGUUGAGUCUUUGUUGAAAAUAUGGCACAAACAGGGGCAGCGAGUACUGCUGUUUUCUCAGUCGAGACAGAUGCUGCAUAUCCUCGAGGUGUUCCUGAGAGCCCAGAGGUACUCCUAUCUCAAAAUGGAUGGUAGCACCACCAUCGCCUCGCGACAGCCGCUGAUCACAAGAUACAACGAGGAUGCGUCCAUCUUUGUGUUUCUUCUGACCACGCGGGUGGGUGGCAUAGGUGUCAACCUGACCGGGGCCAACAGAGUGAUCAUCUACGACCCUGACUGGAACCCAAGCACGGAUACUCAGGCCCGGGAGCGAGCCUGGAGGAUAGGCCAGAAGAGGCAGGUGACUGUGUAUCGCCUUUUGACAGCUGGCACCAUCGAGGAGAAGAUUUACCACCGACAAAUCUUCAAACAGUUUUUGACAAACAGAGUGUUAAAAGAUCCAAAGCAAAGACGGUUUUUUAAAUCCAACGACCUUUACGAACUGUUCACUCUGACUAGCCCUGAUCCAUCGCAGAGCACUGAAACAAGUGCUAUCUUUGCAGGAACUGGCUCAGAUGUUCCAACACCCAAACAGCACUUAAAAAGGAAGAUUCUACCAGCCUUUGGAGCAGACCAGGACGUACCAAAAUGCAGGAGGUUCCCAGAUUCUAAUGUACUUGGAACUGUGGCCACAUCCGCUGAAGAUCAAUCUCAGGCAGUGGGAGCUGAAGGAAGCACGGUAACUUGCAGUGCAGAUAGCCCUUCGAGAGGGGACCCCCAGCCAGUUGGCAGCGAGACUCUCAGUGAUGGUGUUAGAGGAGAGACAAGCGUGCUGUCUGGACCAGAGGAACCACCAGUGACCGGCAGAAACGGGCCCUGCUGCGGUUCCCCGGGAAUCAGCAGAGUGCUAGGGCCAUCUGGUGAGGAAAGCACUGCCGCAAAGCAAGGGCCUUCUGGUGAUGGAGACGGCAGACAGGUUUCGGCAGAACCUCCCUGGGAGAAUGCUCAGGUGAGAAGUCAUUCCUGUAAGCACAAGUCAAAAACAAAGCAUCAGGGUGUGGUGGAAGAGGGAGCCCCGAAGAAGCAACAGAGACCCGAGGGCUCCAAGCACCGCAGAGAUGCCAAGUUUGAGGGCACAAGAGUGCCACACCUGGUGAAGAGGAGGCGGUUCCGCAAGCACGACGCAGACCCGGAGAGCGAAGCCAGGGCCCGCAGUGGUGAUGACUAUGUUCUAGAAAAGCUUUUCAAGAAGUCAGUGGGUGUGCACAGCGUGGUGAAGCACGACGCCAUCAUGGACGGCGCCAGCCCAGACUACGUGCUCGUGGAGGCAGAAGCCAACCGCGUGGCGCAGGACGCCCUGAAAGCCCUACGGCUGUCCCGUCAGCAGUGUCUGGGUGCCACCUCUGGUGUCCCCACCUGGACCGGCCACAGGGGCACUGGAGUGAAGAGUAGAUUUGGUCAGAAAAGGAACUCCAGCCUCUCCGUGCGGUGUCCAUUGUCUUCAGCAGAAAAGUGCCAGGACGGUGUGGUGAAAAGGGAAGGACGAGCACACACAUCUGAGCACUUCAGCGGAAAAGCGGAUGACGUGGACUCUUCUGCUGUGCUCCCCUCCUCCUCCCUCUUGGCCAGGAUGAGAGCGAGAAACCACCUGAUCCUUCCUGAGCGCUUGGAGAAUGAAAAUGGGCACACACCAGAGGCAGCUGCACUGCCGCCCCCCACCACCGAGCAUGAUGACCUGCUGGUGGAGAUGAGGAACUUCAUUGCCUUCCAAGCCCGCGUGGACGGCCAGGCCAGCACCCGCGAGAUCCUGCAGGAGUUUGAGUCCAAGCUGUCUGCAGCACAGUCCUGCGUCUUCCGGGAGCUACUGAGAAACCUGUGCACCUUUCACAGGACACCAAGUGGGGAGGGGGUGUGGAGACUCAAGUCGGAGUACCGCUGAGCCCUGCAUCCUCCCCUUUGCUCCCAGCACAGGCUUCUGAGCCUGCCUGUGCCCGUGACCUGCUCUUCCUUCACAUGACAUCUACCUCAUAACCAGAUCUGAGGAAGGGUGCUCUUCCUCAGGCUGAAAAGUCUUAAUCAUGCUGACUAAAGAAAGUACUGGGUUUGGGGGUGGGACUAGAAAUUAUGUUGUAAAAUCAGGGACCCAACAGUUGCCCCUUACACUCCUGAGGAUGUUUGUGGGGCAGAUGUCUCCGUUUGUUUUUUUACUGGUGCUAGAAACAUGACUUCCAUUCAGUCGACCUACUCAAUGCGUUAGGUCACCAAUACAUUGAUAGCAGCAAUAUUUCAGUGUAUAUUGUUAUUUGCCAUUUGCCACCCAAAAAAUACAGGUUUGUUAUGUUACAAAACAGUUGCCGGUAUGAACAGUCUCCUUUUAAGCCACCAUCGCAUUGACAGGUUUUAAAAUGUUCAUUUUUGGUGCUGAGGGUUGCGCUCAGCGACUCACACGCGAGUGCAGGCUCUGUCCCGGGCUGCACAUCUCACUGCAAGUGUUUCCAGAAGUCAAGUAGGAAGUAGCUUGUUAACAAAUACCAAGACAUCUGUCUGCAGAAAGUCAUUUGCUUCGUUCCUCCUGGCUAUGCUUUAGGCAAAAACAUCCUUCCCCCUCCAACAGUAACUGGUGGUUUUGGGAAAGCUGAAAUGUGUUACCAGGUUUUACAAAUUACCAAGCAGAACUGCUAGUAAACACACUAAGUGACAUGCAUCCACCCAGGAAUGUCCUUGCAGACCACAGCCAGGGUCGUGGCCUAUGCCUGUGUGGCAGGUGUCCCCU